UUCCGGCAUAAUCGACGCGUUUUCCCGACCCACUCUGUUUAACACAUAAAGAUAUCAUAGACAUACGGGGUGUUCAAAAUUUAAAAAAAAGGAUUUUUUUUUUCUUUUUCGAUAAAUCAUCGAUAAAUUUAACAAAAAAAAAAAAAAAAAACAAACCAUUAAAAAAAGGAUUAGGUGAAAAUGUCCUUAAAAAGGAUUUGAAUAAGAAAUCAACUGUUUUUGAAUUAGAACAAAAAAAAAAAAGUAAAUUGCAUGUGGAGCAAAUAAAUUCAAAAAAAAACAAAAUCCCCUCUGAAUCCAUUAAAACCCUAAAACCAGCCACAUUGUGUGUGCCCCCUAAAUAGGAUUAAGCUUAAAUAACCUUAUUGAGUGGUGGUGGUUUAUUCCAUGGUGCAAUUUAGUGUCCUCUGUUGCUUCAAGUAAUAGCACCCUGCUUUGCAUCACUGCGAUUUUGUGUUCCAGCAGGUUCCUUUUUGGUAUAGAGGUGCAUUUUGUGUGUUAGCAAGGCUAAAAAAAAUACAAACUAGCGCUUUUCGUUGUCAUAUCCUUUAUUCCGUUCGGUAUCCUAUAUCUCGUGUACUUUUUUCUACGUUUUGAUCUUCUUUUUUUUUUGUCGUCCUUUCGGGUUCUAUCGCUUAGUGUUUUGUGUGUGAAUUCUGGAUGUUGUUGUUACUGCUGAUGGUUGUUCACUCUCAUUGAAUAUGCGCCACCUAAUGGAUUUCUGUUUAUCUAUCAAGGACUCAAGAUGAUUUCAAUAUUAUGAUGAUGGGGAUUUGUGCGGUCUCGCAUUAAGUUGCGCCACAGAGUGAAUACUGAUAAGAGUGAAUCUUUUUUGCACAAUCCGGGAAAGGUCCUUUUUUGCAUAUAAAACAAAGAAAAAAAAAAAACGCAGCCUUUUAAUUUAGAGUCAAAGAGUGCGGUUGAUUUUGAAUUUAACCUUUUUCACGUGUGUUUUAACUUGAUACGUAUUUUACUUUUUUUUUUUACUGUGUGUUUUGUUUGGUAUGUUUUGAGAGUCCUUUCGAUUGAUUGCACUCAAGUGCAGUGGUGGGCUUUUACUUUCACAACAACAACAGAAAAAAAAACCAGGUUAAUCCCCAUACAGUGUAUAUCUACAUAUAAAUUGUUCUACAGAAAAGAGUAAAAAAAAAGAGUAGAGAGGAAAAAAAGUGUGAAAUAAAUAAAUAAAUAAAAAAAAAUUAAUUGGUACUACACAUAGUUUGGAUUAUAUACAAAAAAAAAGUGUAUUGAAUUUGUUUUUUAUUUUUAAACGAACUACAUCAAGGAUUAAGGAUUAUCUUACCUCAACAAGAACAACUUGCAACAACAACAAUACUGCCGAUUGAGUUUACCUACUUUAAUUUUUUUUUUGUAUUUGUUGUUGUUGAGUUAUUGACAACAAAUAAAGUAGAACACAUACUUGGGAAGUUGAAGUGUUUCUUUUUAUAAGGAAUAUAUCCAUUCAAUUAAAUUACGCAACCUUGCGUUAAAUGACCGUUGACAACGUUGACAGCAUAAACUGAGUAUUAUAUUCGAUAUAAAGGAUCCAAUAUAACCGCAUUAUAUUCGUACAUAUACACUCACUUACUCACUUGAAUGUACAAAACAUCAUCGGUCUGCAAACAAUCAGUGUGCCAUUGAUUUUGAUUAAUCACCAGUUAAACAAUUUUUAUUAAAUUAUCCUGGCACUAUAUGGGAAAUGAGCCAUACAAUAAAAACAACAACAACAACGUAACAUCAUCAUCAUCUAUAUCCACCGAUUUACUUAAUACAAAAAAACCCGCCAUUUGUAUAAUACAACAAUACCAACUGGUGAUGACUUUUAAGCCUCAAUCAUAACAUUUAUGAAUGUUAAUUAACCAUUUUUGGCUUUAUCAGUUUUUUUUUUUUGUGUUUGGCCCAAAUCUAAUGUUUGUAGGUACAGCAGAAUUUCCGGAUAAAAAUUGAAUACAAAAAAAUAAAAACGAGCAAAUUUAAUUGAAGUCAAGGAAAAAAGUAAAAAACAAAAAUUACAUUGCAAAUAUACCGACCCAAAUUGAAAAAAAAAAUUACUGUACACAAGUCGUUUACAGAAUUAAAUUGCAAUUAAAAGUAAUUCACAUACAAAUACAAAACAACAACAAAAAAUAAGAGAACGAAGAGAAAAAAUAUAAAAAACGAAAAUAUUAAGAGUUAAGAAUUUUUUUUGCUUGCCUUUUGUACUCACCACGAUUAACGCAAAAAGAACUUCCGCAAAGGGUAGCCCACAAUAAUAUUACAACGAAAACGUUUUUCUAUCUGGGAUAUCCUGUUUAAAAAAAAAAAAAUUGUAUAUUCCUUUAGACAUUAUCUUCAUUCUAUGUCUGUAUGUGUGUGAUAUAUAUAUAUAUUUUUUUUCAACACAAAAUAAGGAUAAACCCGUUAAAAAACUUGGUGUGGUAAAAGAGAUAAACCAUUAUUUUUUUUUGUAAAUUUUUUAAUUCAUCUUUGGAAUUAAAAAAAUGAACAUUUUUUCAUCCUGCGAAAUGGCAGUAAAAGCAACAACAAAAAUGGUUAAAAGAAUCCCAUCAACAAAAUCAACAACAACAAAAACAUCAGUAACGAUAAGAAAUACAGAAUCAGAAGCAACAAGAAGAACAACAACAACAACAGCGAAAGGAACAACCACAUCUGUAUCAGCGAGAAUGAAUUGUCCCAUUUUAAUUGUAAUUAGCUUCAGUUGCUUUUUGCAUCUAGGACUUUUGUUAACGUCAGCAGAGGGAGCUAUUUCGACUAGAGGCUCCGCUACCCGACCAAUGGCAACAUCACCGGCUGUAGGAUCACUGCCAAGAUUUCUAUCACGCGGUCAUACGUAUCGAGCGGUUGUAGGCGAUACGUUAGUGCUGCCUUGUCAAGUUGAAAAUUUAGGCAGCUUCGUGUUACUUUGGCGACGUGGAAUAAAUGUGCUUACAGCCUCAAAUAUUAUGGUGACAAGGGAUGAAAGAAUAAGACUGAUAGAUGGUUACAAUUUAGAAAUAUCUGAUUUGGAGCCGCAGGAUGCCGGAGAUUAUGUAUGUCAAAUCAGUGACAAAGUGAACAGGGACCAAGUGCACACAGUUGAAAUUCUUGUUCCACCAAGUGUUCGAGCGAUACCAACAUCCGGACAGUUGCAGGCGCGAAAGGGUGGCCCAAUAACAUUGGAGUGCAAAGGAUCUGGCAAUCCAGUGCCAUCGAUAUACUGGACAAAAAAGAGUGGUGCUGGGAAAUCAUCAGCUCGUAUUGGCGAUGGUCCAAUACUGACAUUGGAGAAAUUGGAACGUCAACAGGCUGGAGUAUAUCAGUGUACGGCAGACAAUGGAGUCGGUGAUCCGGUUACAGUUGAUAUGAGACUUGAUGUUUUAUAUCCACCGGAUAUACAAGUGGAAAAAUCAUGGAUACAUUCCGGCGAAGGAUACGAAGCGAAACUAGUGUGCAUUGUGUUUGCGGAUCCAGUUGCAACGGUAUCCUGGUAUCAAAACUCAUUCCCAAUUCAAACGACAGAUAGAAGAAUUAUGUCAUCAAGAGGAAACCGGCAUACAUUGACUGUGCGUCACAUCCAACAGGAAGAUUUCGGAAACUACAGCUGCGUCGCUGAUAAUUCACUUGGACGAUCCCGAAAAUAUAUGGAACUUUCUGGCCGCCCUGGACCGGCUGAAUUCUAUUCACCCAAAUGGGGUAGAUCUUCAGACAGUUAUAAUCUUACAUGGAAGAUCGACAGCUAUCCACCAUUGGAGGAGGUCCGUCUACUCUAUCGCAGAGUAAUGAUGAAUGACACGUUUCAACAACCUGGUAGAUGGCAUGACUUUAUUCUUACUCCAGAACACAGACCAGCAUCGGAACCAUUGACACAUAUUAUGUCGUAUACAAUAAAAAAUCUACAUCCGGGCGCUUAUUAUGAAGCAAUUGUUCAAGCUAAAAAUAGAUAUGGAUGGAAUGAGGUCAGUGAUAUUUUCCAAUUCAUUGUAGCCAACAAUAACGUCGAACUGCCACCCGAAGAUGCCGAAGUUGUUGCAAGUUCAAAAUCACGCAGCAAUAGUUCUUCACCCCAAUUGUGCAUUCAUCAAACAACUUUAUCAAUUAUAUUACUUUUAUUUGCGAUGUUACUAUUACGAACGAAUCAUUUUCGUUUGGGAUAAUUUAUUUUUGAUAUUUAAAUUGAUUUUUUAUGUUUAAUUUAAUUAUUUUAAUUUGAAAAAAAAAAAUAUUUUUAAUUUGCCUUCGAACCAAAACAAAGAACUAAUGUAAUAAAAAAAUAUAAAUUAUUUUUCUUCAGAUGCAUAAUCAUUAAAAUAAAAAAUUAAAAUAAAUAAACAAAAGUAAAAAAAAAAAAAAACAAAAAGAAAUAAUGAUAUAGAAUGUAUUGAUAAUAGGUAGUUUAUGUUAGAUCUAUGUAUGUAGAUGUAAGAAAAGACAUAACCAUAAUUGCAAAAUAGAACAAAAUAAAAAAGAUCAUAAGCAUUUUAAUUAAAAUUAUAAAAAAUUAAAAACAUAUUCCGGAAAUAUUUUUGUCUGGAAUUAAAUAUUUUAUUAAAAAAUAAAAAUAAAUACAGUUCAGUGAAGCAUAAAAUAAAAAAAA